GCCCAUGAUCGUCCAGAGAUUAAAGGCGCCCGUUGAAGAUGUCGCCCAUCGAACCACGUCAGCGCAGGCGGGCCGGCGUGCAUGCAAGCUUGAUCAUCCUUCGCGGGGGAGCUUGGCUCGACUCGCCCAUAAGCUGAUGUUCCUCCUUCCCGCCCCAAGCAACCCCCCCUCCACGUAUCGUAGCACCGCCCGCUCCCCGACCAUCCAUGUCUGGCUUUCACUUCCUCACCACCGACAAUCCCGCCCAGUUCAAGAAUGAGCGCUUCCUCAAGUGCAUCCGCUCGCAUGCUAUGCUGAGCGUGAGGCAGAAGGAGCAGCGCCAACAGUCAGAAGCCCCCUCCAGACGUCAGUCGGCCGGCCGCGCCCAGGUCCUUCGCCAGGCCCAAGCCCCAUCCAGCGAACUCGUCGCUAACGGGAAUCCUCCCGCCCCUAAGCGCCGCCGCAAACGACCCGCCGUCUCCCAGCCUGACGACGACGAUGAUGACGCCAACAAAAAAGCCAACGCCGACGAUGCCAAAGCUGAUGACACGAUCACGGCUGCCGAUGCCGACGUGGCCCUCGAGAAGCUACGACGACGACUGGCCAAGCCGCGGGGCCGGGCGCGGACCAGCCGCGGGAGCUCCAUCUUCAAAGACCCUCAGCGCAAGCUGGGGCGCGGCGUGGACCCGCUGGGCAGCUUCCCGGACUUUGAGAACCCGCGGGUCAGCAUCUGGGAGCUGAAGCAGCGCUUCGACCCGUACCUGAUGACCGAGGUGCUGCAGACGCGCUACUUCCCGGCCAUGGACGGGUGCAAGCAGGCGUGGCUGAGCACGGCGCACGUGAAGAGCACGUACGCUGACAUCCUGGACGGGCUGGUGGGCGAGAGCCAACGUACGCGGCAGAUCAAAGAGGAGGUGUUCCGGUGCGUGCACCAGGACUUUGCGGCAGACCCGGGGCGGGCGGCCAGCGACGGGCUGUUUAUUACGAGCACACUGCUGCUGGCCGCCGAGCUGGUGCUGGGCGACGAGAGCACGAUCAAGGUGUACGAGAACGGGCUGGAGCGCAUUGUGGAGGCGCGUGGUGGCAGCCUGGCCGCUCUGGGUGCCGAGGGUGUCAUUGCCAGCGCCGGCUGCAGUGUCACGCACCUGGCCGCCGCCGUGCGAGAGGGGCAGCCACCACCCGUCUUCCGCGCCUUCCAGUACCAGGAAAACCAAGACAACCAGAACAACCAAGUCCAGCCCGCCACGCCCACGCCCACGCCCCAACGCAUGCCCGAGUCGCCGCUGUGUUGCCGUCCCGGCGCCCAAGCCUUCAUGUCAUUGCGCGCCCACUGCGCUCCCGAGACGCUGGCCCUCCUUGCCGACAUGCGCGCCCUUACCGACCUGUUCCUUACCGCUGCGCCCAAUGACACCAUCGCCUCUGCUGCCGCAUGGGCUGCCCACCACCGCGCCCGCCAGGCCCACAUGUCGCCUGACUCUCCCGCGCCCCGUACCCACCACCUCCUGCACGCCGCCUGUCAGCACGCCGCUGUGCUCUACUCGUUUGCCAUUGCUGCCCGCGUCCCCUUCUCGACGGCAGGACGGCGACUCGGCCGCGCCGACGGGAGUGCCGACCCGCCAACACACCCAUCCGUGGCCAUUCUAGCUGCGCUGCAGAAGCUGGACUUGCUGGAGCUGGCCGCGGGCCCGCUCAUCGGCGUGCUGCUGUGGAUCACGCUGGUGGCCACGACCGCGGCGCGCGACCCCUCGUACGCGGCCCGCCAGCUGGAAGACGCGCCGGCGCCGACGGCCACGGCUACGGCUUCUGCUGCUGCGGCUGCCGCUGCCGCUGUCGCCUCCCCUGUCAGCACGGCAUCGACGCUGUCGACGGCUUCAUUCCCGUCGCCGCAGCUCUCGUCCGCCUCGCCCUCGUCGUCCGACGCCUCGCCCGGCAGCACGACGUACGCCGCCUCGCCGGGCGCGCACACCACCUCACCACCACCGACAUUCUUCCCCGGGUCCGCCGUCUCGCCGCCUACGUUCCACGCAUCACCCUCGGCCUCAUCAUCAACAACAACGCACACGUCGCCCUUCCUAACACACCCAUCCCCCUCAAAUUCUACCGCAAACCAAAGCGCAAACCACUUCCAACCCCCGCCCCAAAACCCCGCGCACGCCCAAAACCGCCACGCCAACGCCCUCCCCACAGCAACAACGACGCUCCGCGCCUCGGCGGCCGCGGCAGCGGGCCUGCCCGCCGAAUCGCCUGCUGAGCGCUACCGCCGCGCGCUUUCGCGUAAGGGCCUCGCUAUGGUCGCGCUGUUGUGCUGUGUAAGGCUGAUUAGCUUUGAUGGGCCGGCGAGUCUGGAGGCGCAGAGGAGGUUUGCGGGCGUGCAGGAGAUGUUGAGGGGGGCGGAGAGGGCGCGGGAAUGGAGUGCGAAGGCGAAAGCGAGAGGGAAUGCGAAUGCGAAUGGGGGUAUGGGGGAGGGGAAUGCGAGUGGGAGGAUGGGGUUUGAGAGUGUUGUUGAGGGGUUUGGAUUUGGGUUUGAGGGCGUGUGGUAGUGGGUUGGGCUGGUUGGGUUGGUGUGAUGGUGUGGAGUUGGUGUGAAAGUGAGGAGCGGAGAUGCGAGAUGGGAGUUUAAACGCUGGUGCGCAAGUGGAUGGGUAUACAACAAAAUAGCAGACUGGACUGGAUUGGAUUGGGAUUGUUUGUUUGGAUGCGAGGCGUGGGAUUUGUUUUGUAUGGGUUAGUUUGGUUUGGUUUAGCCGGGGUUGGUUAGUUGGUUAGUUCGGC